AUGAGUCACAAACAUUUCGGAGAAGUUUCCAUUACCUCAUCUGUAUUGAAUAUCAAUUGUUGGGUUCAUGAUUGUGAAAAUCCAUUCAAUUUUUCAAGUUGUGGGGAAGUUGAUGGAAUUGUCAUCAUUUAUCAUGAUUAUUUUCGGGAAGCAUCUCGAGAAACACUUUGCUGUAAUUUGCAGAGAGUUUUUGUAUAG